CUAGACUAUCGACUAUAUAAUUGUUUUUGUUUAGCAUCAUUCUUUCGAAAUUUAUUAAUUAAAGUAACAUUAAUAUGAAUAUAUUUCUACGGAAAGGUCUAUUACAACAAAUAACUAACAUCUCCAGAAGACGAUGGCUGACGCAGGCUUGUACGGAAUCUAAAAGUUCAGAACUGACAAAAGAUGUAAAACAUCGCAUCGAACAGCAUUGGAGAAGUUCUCUUGGUCAGGGUAACUUUGAUCUAAAAGGAUUGGACAAUAAGUUUUACGUUCUGUCGAUGUUUCCCUAUCCCUCGGGAAAUUUACAUAUGGGCCAUGUGCGAGUAUAUACUAUCAGCGAUACUGUGGCACGAUUUCAGCGUAUGUGUGGCUUUAAUGUCUUCCAGCCAAUUGGAUGGGACGCUUUUGGUUUGCCUGCUGAGAAUGCAGCAAUACAGCGUGGCAUUGAGCCGAAAGUAUGGACGGAACAUAAUAUUGCCCAAAUGAAGAAACAAUUAGAAGAUUUGGGAUGUUCCUUUGAUUGGAAACAUGAAAUGUCGACAUGUAGCCCAGAGUACUAUCGAUGGACACAAAAGUUGUUUCUCAUGCUGCACAAAGAAGGAUUAGCUUAUCAGAAUGAAGCUCUGGUAAACUGGGAUCCCAUUGACAAGACUGUACUGGCAGAUGAGCAAGUGGACGCCAAUGGUUGUUCGUGGAGAUCGGGAGCAAAGGUGGAGAAGAAACUUUUGAAGCAGUGGUUUAUAAAAACUACUGCAUUCGCUGAACAACUUUUGGACGGUUUGGAUGACCCAACACUUAUCGAUUGGCGCGAUAUAAUAAAUCUGCAAAGACAUUGGAUAGGAGAAUGUGAUGGUUAUGGCUUCCAAUUAUUGACAUCGGCAUCCAUUAUUUUGAGAUUGUGGACGGCAAAUCCUGAGCAUUUUAAAGAUCCAAAUGCGUUUGUUGUACUUAAAACCAGCCACUAUCUGGCCAAAGACAAAAGCAACUCGUUUAGCAUUACAAUUGAAAAUCCUUUUACAGGUACCAUAAUGCCGGUUAUAUUUAGUGAUGCACCAGUAUUUGCGGAUAAGUGUGAUGUAUAUUUAGCUGCGCCUAGUUUUCGGGAUGAGGAUAAAGAAUUACAAGAGUCUUUGAGUUUAUCUUUCUUCGCAAAUGAGGAGUUGAAAAUUGAAAAGAAAAAUGUAGAACAAAUGCGACUACAGGUGUUGGAAACCGCCAAGAGACUAAGAUUGGGAGGUUAUAAAGUAUCGUCAAAACUACAAGACUGGCUAAUAUCAAGACAGCGUUACUGGGGAACACCAAUACCCGUUAUACACUGUGAUAUGUGCGGUGUAGUUCCAGUUCCUGACGAAGACCUCCCUGUUAUACUGCCGGAAAAAUCAGAAAUUGAUAAAAAUCGCGAAGAGGCACUUAAAUGCACCUGUCCCAAAUGUCAAAACCCAAAUGCCAUAAGGGAGUCAGAUACCAUGGAUACGUUUGUAGACUCUUCCUGGUAUUAUUUGCGUUUUUUGGAUCCAGAAAAUACAAAAAGUAUAUUCGAUGAAAAUGUCAUAUCUAAAGUUAUGCCAGUCGAUUUGUACAUUGGAGGGAAGGAACACGCCGUCUUGCAUUUGUAUUAUGCUCGCUUCAUGAACCAUUUUCUACAUUCACAAGGUCUUGUAAACUGUUCCGAACCAUUUUCACGCCUACUAGUCCAGGGAAUGGUGAUGGGCCGUUCAUUCCGCGUUAAAGGCAGUGGACGUUACGUACAAGAGCAUGAAGUUGAGAUUGUAAAUAGCAAAAAGAACCAGGCAGUUUUGAAGGAAACCAAAGAACCAGUGGUAAUGACAUGGGAGAAAAUGUCUAAAUCAAAAAUGAAUGGGGUUGAUCCUACCGACAUGUUUCGAGAUUAUGGAACUGAUACCACGCGACUGAUCAUAUUGGCCGAUGUGGCACCCACUUCACACAGGAAUUGGUCCAGUGCGACAUUUCCCGGGAUUCUGAAUUGGCAGAAACGCCUUUGGCUAACAGUAAAUGAGUUCUGCGAAUUACGAUCUUCCCCGGAAGAAGUCAAAGCUGAUAUUAAUUCCAAAGAAUUCCAAGAAGAGGAGGACAAAAUGUUUGAUGCCAGAAAUUUCUACGUUAAGGGUGCCACAUUCAAUUAUCGUCACACUCAUCAGCUAAGUGUGGCUAUAUCCAAAAUGCAGGGCCUUACAAAUUCGCUAAGACGCGUCGCUAAACCUGUUAUGCGUUACAGCAAACAGUAUGAACGUGCUUUGGCCUCACAAAUUAUUAUGUUGGCACCUAUGGCUCCACAUUUCGCGUCGGAGUUGUGGUCCAAGUUUGCUUCUGCCAGUAAUCGCAUUAAUUCAUCAUCAACCGAGUUACAGUGGGACAAAGAUGUAUUGUCACAGAAGUGGCCCGAAAUUGAUCAACACUACCAGUUGGAUUUGGCUAUCAAAGUAAACGGCUUUGAAAAUUGUUGCAUUAAAAUUCCUCGUAGUCAUAUCGAUAAAGUAACACACAACGAUGCUUUGGAUUUGGCAUUUAAUACGGACUCAGUAACGUCAUAUUUAAUAGACAAAAAGAUUCGCACAACAAAUUUUGUUUUAUAUCCGGGCAUUGAAGCAAUUCUUAAUAUUUAUGUGGACAAGGUGAAAGAGGAAAAGAAAACGUCUUCGGAAAAAGCCACUGAAGAUGUUGGACAUUAGUAUAUAAUUAAUAUUACAAUUUUUUGUCUAUGGUUACACUUACAAUAGGUAAUUGUUUAUAAUGGUAAUUUAUGUUUAUAUUUAAGUAUACUUUUGAAAAUAAGAAUUUACACAUACUAACACUUUGAAAAUGUAAAAAGAAUAAAGCUAUAGAAAUUCAAAGCAGUUAAAAA